AUGGAGUCAAAUGUGUUUUAUUUUUUGCUACUCGCAGUAAUUAAAGGCACUUUUAGUUUUACGAUACCAGUAAUUGGUGGUCAAUUGCCAGGAAUUGGAAACGGGAUUGGAGAAGCUACUGGAGGUAUUCUUGGGGUCGGAGGAACCGGAAAUGGAAUAGAUUCAAUAACAGGUGUAAGCUCAGUGGUAAAGGCAGUUGAUGGCUUAGGGCAAGGAAUUAGAAACGAAUUUUCAACCAAAUUAAAUCAAAAUACAUCAGGACAAGGCGAAGAAAAAAGAUUUAAUCUCCUGAAAGGAAUUGAAAACGGAAUUGAUGGAAUUUCUGGAGGGGGCCUUGGAGGUCUUCUUGGAGGCGAAGGAACCGGAAAUGGAAAAGAUUCGAUGACAGGUGUAAGCUCAGUAGUAAAGGCAGUUGGUGGUUUAGGGCAAGAAAUUAAAAACGAAGUUUCAACUAAAUUAAAUCAAAAUACAUCAGGACAAGGCGAAGAAAAAAGAUUUAAUCUCCUGAAAGGAAUCGAAAACGGAAUUGAUGGAAUUUCUGGAGGUGGUCUUGAAGGUCUUCUUGGAGGCGAAGGAACCGGAAAUGGAAAAGAUUCAAUGACAGGUGUAAGCUCAGUAGUAAAGGCCGUUGGUGGUUUAGGGCAAGAAAUUAAAAACGCAGUUUCGACCAAAUUAAAUCAAGAUACAUCAGGACAAGGAAAAGAAAAAAGAUUUAAUCUCCUGAAAGGAAUUGAAAACGGAAUUGAUGGAAUUUCUGGAGGUCUUCUUGGAGGCGAAGGAACCGGAAAUGGAAAAGAUUCGAUGACAGGUGUAAGCUCAGUAGUAAAGGCAGUUGGUGGUUUAGGGCAAGAAAUUAAAAACGAAGUUUCAACCAAAUUAAAUCAAGAUACAUCAGAACAAGGAAAAGAAAAAAGAUUUAAUCUCCUGAAAGGAAUUGAAAACGGAAUUGAAGGAAUUUCUGAAGGUGGUCUUGGAGGUCUACUUGGAGGCGGACAAUCUGAAAACGGAAUAGGUUUAAUACCAGAUGUAAACUCAGUAGUAAAAACAGUUGGUGGCUUAGGACAGGGGAUUGAAAAAGCAGUUGCAAAACAAAUAAUUAAUUAUGCAGCAAAACAAGGUAUGAAAACCGUAGAGCAAUAUAAAACUAGAGUUCUGAAGACUAUCGAAGACUUUUUUGGAGAUCUUUUCGGAUCUAAAGAAAAAGAAUGCGAAAAAAAUUCACUUCCAAAAACAACAGAAAAAAGUCUUGAAGUGAUGCAAGGAGUUGGUAAUGGACUUCUAACCCAAGCCGGAGACGCAAUUGGACUGAUUAGUGGAGGAGUUAGAGGAGGAAAAGGGCAAAGAGAAAACAAGAAUGAUGGUGGAAAUGGAAACGGAUCUACCAGUGGUGGAAUUGAUGCAAAGGUAAGUAGUUGGUUAAAUCUCCGAGUGGCUGACCAAGUCUGA